AUGAGCCCAUGGCUUCAUCGUAGUGACCCAUCGGUCUGGGAGGAGUGGCUCUCUUUUACCAUACCCACACACAUACACGCAAUACGAAAUACCCGUGGCCCCCAGCCCAGUAAAUCAUCGGACGCGGGGAACGCGAGAGCUUCCCAGCGUGAAAUGAAACGAAUUCAUCUUUGUCAGGGCCUCCCCUACCCCUCUCCCCCUUUUCCACCCCCCCACUCUGAACCACCUACCAUCCGCCUCUCUUUCUUCUACACACCCUCCCGCUCUGCUUCUGGCCUACCCCCCUCCCUCCCACUCCCCCUUCCUCCACCCUCCAUACUCCCUCCCCGCUCACCCCACCCCCUCCCCCAUUGCCACUCUACCCCGCUUAUGCCCACCAAUACCGCGCAAUCGUUCUCGGACUCAUUCCCUUGGGGGAAUUUGGAUGUUUGUGAUUAUUUUUGGAGGGUGGGGGGGCGUGAAUUAUGGAUUUGUAAUGGGGGUUGUGGGGUAUGGGGAGAUAAGAGUUUGGGUGAUUGGGGUGUUGGGGGGGAGUUGAUGACGGGGAUGGAAUUUCGGGAGGAAUUUUGA